AUGACGUAUUUUGUCUACCGUUCACUCACGCCUGGAAAAUUGAGAAUUCCACUGGUUCAUCUCAAGCCUACUGCCAGCAGCACUCUGGACAAUAAUUCCUCGCACGAAAUCUCCACCUUGCCGUCUGCUGAGUCAUGCCUCCCUACAUUGCACUAUCUUACGCUUGGGGCGAUGUCGAUCACAAACGUGCGAUCCAACUCAACGGACUACCCUUCCUGGUAUCCGAAAAUCUUGAAGUUGCGCUUCGACGAUGAAGUCGAGAGAAGCGAGCAGGUGCAGCAGAUGGGAGAGAUAUAUGAGCGAGCGACUCCCGUCAUUUCUUGGUUGAGGCCAGCUGAAGACGACAGCGACUUCGCCAUCGAAUGGAUCCUAAAACUGCGCCAUCUGCUCACACAGCUUGAUGAACAUGGUGAAGGGAUUAUUGGCGGGGAACUAGAGAUGUUUUUGGCGGAUUUGAGGAUGCAAUUCUCAACGACGAAUCCAGCGCUUCUCAAACUCUGCAACUCUUUAUGGCACAAGGUCGAUGCAUGGUAUUCAUGUGCAGCAAUUCUACCGUUACGGAAGACACAGUAUGUCGUCUUCAAGAGCGGUUUGAUAACGCCGCAAACUUCAGAGGAGCAAGCCAUCUUUUCAAUCAGCCCUCGCGAAUUGAUCAACGUCCUGAAGACUCGUAGAACAGAAGCAUCGUAUCCGCUGAUUCAUUUACCUCGAACUCAUCGCCGAUUUGCAACUGCAGAUCUGCGAGAUAAAGUGUUUGCUCUACUGGCUCUGUCCAGGGAUGCAGAAGCACUUGGUCUUCUUGCAGACUACCGUCAAACCUGCAACGACACUUAUAUCAACCUUGCAGCCAGACUCAUUGAAGAAGACUAUACCGAGAUGGGCUACCAUCAUGGGUUCCUGAUUGGCAGCAUCCGCUCGACCUUUUUUCAGCUGUUUGUAGCCAAGUUUCUCAGCUGUAUGGUGCUACUUCUUUCUAGCAGGUUUCUUGGGAAGAUAGAAGAGGUGGGCAUGAUCUGGGAAGUCGGAGGGAUUAGCAGGUGGUUACGAGACUUGAAACCUUUUUCUAACCUAGUUUACAGCGACCGCGAUACAUUUGAGGAACGAAGAAGCGCCACGUAUCGUACCGCCGUUGCGGAUCAAGAGGUUAGACAAGGGACCAUUAAGCCAAGGCUUUCACAGAUGAUGAUUGACAAAGACUUAGUGAGAGAUGGCUUAGGUGAAUACUGCAUUGGCUCUUACGACGUGAAACGCGGAGAUUACGGACUGUUCUUAGGCCUUUUUGCUUCCUGCUUUCCGAAUUCUGACACGGCAACAAGGAACAGGGAAUUGCACGCCGCAAAGGCUCUUGGUGGCGCGUCAAAGCAGCAAGCAAAUUUCGCAGAAAUGUGGGGUGCCGCAGCCAAUGACAAAAACCGCACCUCAAGAUCUCAACAACAGCUUGAAGGAAUAGGCUAA